AUAUUUUCACAGAUUUUUUAUACUUAAUUUAAUCUCAUUUUCCUUCUUCUAUUCUUCAUUUUCUAAAUAUCAUUUGGUUUUAUUUCUUCACUUCACCCCCUUUAUAUAUCUCACUGCACUCUCUCCUUCAUCUCUUUAACUCCCCAAACUUUCUUCUCCAAUCUACUGAUUCUUCACUCUUUCCUCUUUCUGCAAAACUAAACAUCAAUAGGCCUUCUUCAAGUUCCACCCACAGAAAUUUACUUCAAACAAUCCAGAAAAUGGUCGGAUGCAAAAUCCGGUCGAGGAAGAGAAAACCGGAGGCGACGGCGGCGGAGGAGUGGAAGUGGAUCAGCGGUCUGCUGAGGAGCAAAUUCUUCGGUACGUGCGUGGAUCACGGAGAUUUCAGAAAGAAUGAGAAGAAUCUGUUUUGUAUUGAUUGCAAUCUCUGCUUAUGCAAGCAUUGCGUCACUUCGUCGUCGCCGCCGCCGCACCACCGCUGCUUCCAUCGCCUCCUGCAAAUCUGUAAAUACGUCUACCGCGAUGUCGUUCGCCUCCACGAUAUUCAGCCGUAUCUAGACUGCUCUCUCAUACAAGCAUACAAAAUAAAUGGGGAGAAAGCAGUACAUUUGAAUCCAAGGCCUCAGCUAAAAGAUGCAAAAAGUUCAAAGACAAAAGGUGGUGGCACUUGCUGUGAAGCUUGUGGCAGGCACAUUCAAGACUUGCCUAAUCGCUUCUGUUCCAUCGCCUGCAAGGUUUCAGUUGACGGAGAAGAAAUGAUAAUAAACGGAAGCGAGCAAAUUCCGUGGAGCGAGGGGCAAAUUCCGAGCUUGGAAACGGAAGAAAAUUCAUACGAAAACGGAUACGGUUCACUAACGGAGUCAUCUGAAGUGAUUCAAGCGUGGUGGAGGUCGCCGUUAAUGAGGCCAAAGAGGAGGAUGCUGCACAAGAGAAAGAGUUUGCCAAAGAGGUCUCCCUUGUCUUGAAUCUUGAUACCAAAACCCUUCUAGGGAGUGUGUGAAAUCGUCUCACCUUGAUACGGCUCAAGAUUUGAAUCUAUAUUUAUAUGUAUAUUUUGAUGAUAUAUUUGUAAUUACAAAAUACUAAUAAAAUUACAAAUAUACUAUUGAAAUAUGAAUAUAGAUUUGAAUCUUGACCUAUAUAUCACGAUGAAACAAUUUCUGACAAUUUUUUUGUGUUCAAUUUUCUUUUACACAUGAUAUAAAUGAUGAAUGAAAAUCAUAGUGUAAUAUGGUGGAUGUGAGUCCCCACCAUUCCUAGUGUUGUACAGCAUAAAGAAUGGUGGCUUGGCUUUGUUUUCUCAUUCUUGAAGCUUGUGUUUACUUCUACAAUCUCCUCUUUAUUCUAUCUACUAGUCAUAAUCAAAUCUGCUUUGCA